AUGUUGGCAGGCAUUGGAAAUCCAAUAACCGAACUAAUAUUCGUUGAUGAAGAUGUUGUUGAUUUAGAUGAUGGAACCAUACCAACAACACUUAGACUUGAUUCAUUCAAUAUCAACAACAACAAUAUUCAACUUAAACUCUGUCCUGAGCAUCUGCCAUCACUCUCAUCAUUGAGAAUCUGCUGUGCCCAGGAGAUCAAGCCAAACUCCCUUCCGCCAUCACUGACCCAUUUCGCGGCCUCGGUCGAAACGGUGCUUGAGCCAGGCUCUCUGCCACCACAUCUCACUUGCUUGAGAUUAUAUAUGACGUCGGAAGCUCAAGUGCUACUACCUGGUCUGCUACCACCCAAACUCAUUGAACUGGACCUUGGUGACCGAUUCUGCACGGUAAUCCCACCUGGCGCGCUCCCAUCAUCAUUGACGUCGCUCUCGCUUGGCCAUAGGUUCAAUCACCCAUUGACCCAGGGUGUUCUCCCUCCAUCGCUCAGAAUCCUUGAGUUAGGAAUGUCAUUUAGACAGACGCUAGCUCCAGGCGAUCUGCCAUCGUCACUCUCCAAAUUGGUCACACGUCAUGAAUUAAUGAAUAUAGUCAUUGGGUCAUUGCCAUCAUCCCUCAUGGAUCUGACCACAGCUACUGUGUAUGCUCUUGAGCAUGGAGCGUUGCCAGCUUCGCUCAAGCAUGUCAGGUUCCUCUCGAAACCUAAUUUGGAAGUUGGAUCACUACCUCGGUCAUUGGAAUCAUUGACGUUUGUGAAGCUGCUUUAUUGUUGGAAACCUUGGAUCAUCCCCGCUGGCUUAAAGAAAUUGACCCUGGACUCUAAAUUUGACCAUCGCAUCCUGCCGCACGACUUGCCAAAUGGUCUGACCGAUCUAGAUCUUGGACAUGCAUUUGAUCACCCGCUUGAACCGUUCACAUUGCCAGACAAGAUUACAAACAAGAGAUUGAGCGAGGUGCCCUACCAAACGGAUUGA